UAAGAACCGAGGUCAACGUUUCCAUCAAAGCAUUUCAAUUCGAACAUUUCAGCCAGAUUAAUUGAAAAAUUUCAUGAUUUUUUCUCUCACUUUUUUUUUUUUUUUUAAAAAAACCAAAAGAUGGUAUCGAGAAUUAUUAAUUUAUUUCUUAUUGUUUUAAUAUCAAAUGUAAAAUGUGAAAAAACGGGAAAUUUGCCAAAUUGGUCGGUGGGUUUAAAAUUUUUAAUGAAAAAUUGCCCCCUUGUACCAUGGAAGGAUCCAGGUGAAAAGAAUUUUUUAGAAACACUACAAAUUUGUUUACAACGUCGUAUUUUAAUUGCCGUUAAUGCAUUCUUUGAUGAAGAUGUUAUUUCAAUUUUCGAUGGAAUUGACCUGGUUCGUCGCAAUAAAACUUAUUUCACCAAUAGCGACGAGCUUAAUAGUAAUGAAAUUAACACUGAUCGAAAAAGCAGCGAAUCAAGUUCAUGGGAAAAUUUGGCCGAUCGCAUAUUUCGAAAUCGUUUUUUGAAAUUUGACAUUGGACAUUUAACGAAUCUUGAUAACGUUAUGAAUUAUUCAAAAUCAAAUGAUAUUGUCGAAGGAAGAAGACGUCGACGGAAACAGGGAAUGAUGAUGAUGUUAAUGAUGGGUCUUCUUUUAAUGGGUACAGUAUUAAUACCCAUGGGUUUUCAAUUUCUCGCCGUUUUAGGCGGUAAAGCAUUGCUAUUGGCAAAAAUGGCAUUAAUGCUCUCAAGUAUACAGGGUUUAAAGAGAGUUGCAACAAGUGGAGUGAAUUAUGGACUUUAUCAUUCACCAGAUGCAUGGCACGAGAGAAGUCAUUUGGAACCUUCGCAACAAAUUUAUGAAAUGCCUUAUCAACAACAACAACAACCUUAUCCACACAUGAAUGGACGUCAUUAAUGAAAAUAAAAAUUUAUGACGAGAAAAAAAAAUGAACUGAGUAAUUAUAUAUUUGUAAAAAAAGAGAGAGAGAGAGAGAAAAUAAUUUUUUUUUCAGUGCGAGGUUGUUUGAGAAUUUUUUACAACUUUGUUUUUCCAAGUGUAUAUAUAUAUAUAACAUAUAUACAUAAAUUGUAAAAUAUUAUUCAACCAAAGACAUUUAUUUAUGGAAGCAGUGCAAAA